AUGGGCAAAAAGCGAGUUCUUGUUGGCUACGGCGUUGACAUUGACGCAGUAGCCGGCUGGCUGGGAUUAUACGGGGGGGAAGACAGCGUGAGCGACAUCAGUCGAGGUCUAUGGGCCGGCCACAUCGGCACCCCCCGCGUACUCAAAUUGUUCGACAAGUACAACAUCAAAGCAACCUGGUUCAUCCCAGGCCACAGUCUAGGAACCUUCCCGGAAGAAUGCGCCAUGGUUCGCGACGCCGGACACGAGAUCGGUCUACACGGGUACUCUCACGAGAACCCCUCCAGUCUAUCCGGGGAACAACAGCGUGAUAUCCUGGAUAAAACAUACAAGAUGCUGACUGAUUUCUGUGGCAAGCCGCCGCGAGGAAUCGUCGCGCCGUGGUGGGAGGCCAGUGCAGAGAUGGUGGAUUUGUUGCUUGCAUAUGGGAUCGAGUAUGAUCAUUCCAUGUCGCAUGAGGAUUGUCAGAUGUAUUGGCUGCGGACGGGGGAUACGUGGUCGAAGAUUGAUUACACGCAGAAAGCGGAGACGUGGAUGAAGCCGCUUGUAAAAGGGAAUAUGACGGGACUGGUGGAGAUUCCUGGGAGUUGGUAUAUUGAUGAUUUGCCGCCGAUGAUGUUCAUCAAGAAUUCGGCGAAUAGUCAUGGGUGGGUGAAUCCGCGGGAUGUGGAGGAUAUUUGGAAGGAUCACUUUGAUUAUUUCUAUCGGGAAUAUGAUGAGUUUGUCUUCCCUAUGACUAUUCAUCCGGAUGUUUCUGGUCGGCCUCACGUCUUACUUAUGCAUGAAAGAAUCAUCGAGUAUAUCAAUAGCCACGAGGGAGUCGAGUGGGUUACAUUCGAACAAAUGGCCGACGAAUUCAAAAGUAAGAAUCAGCCACCCGCAGGGGCAAUAAUGCCGGCUGCUCCAGGGGCAGCUACAAAGACUGAAGGCUGA